AUGUACGAGGGUAGGGUGGAAGAGGCAGUGCUGCUCCGAACUACACACCCCACCCAAGUCCAAAAGCGGCAAUACAUUUCCCUUGACCGGGAAGAACACAUCAGCAAAGAUGCUGCCUCCUGGUCCACGGCUCCCCUGCUGAACUUCUUGCUGCACUACACCCGCGAGACAGAAGAGAAGGGCCGUUAUUCUGAUCGCAUCAGCGGGCUCAAGGCCAUCGAUGUGCUCAACAAGGGGUACACGGAAGAGGAUCCCUUGCCUGACGAGAGCGAGGAACUUCGGCAGUCCCUUCUGCAGCUUUUUCGCGACGGUCCCGGGAAGGAAAAGGUUCCCAAAGGCACAUCUGUUACGAUCGUCGGUGCUGGUGUGUCCGGUCUCUGUGUUGGCUAUGAGCUGAAGAAGGCUGGCUUUGAUGUCACGAUCCUUGAGGCAUCCUCUCGUGUGGGAGGACGCGUUGUCACGUUCCGCGACCCAAUUUUUGCCCCUGGACUGCACGCGGAGGGAGGUGCUAUGCGCAUCCCUGGCAAUCACUUCCUCCUGCGAACCUACAUUGACAACUUCAAGAUUGGUGAGCUGUUCAACUUCGAAAUGCAGAACAAGUUCAUCUACUUGUCUGAGUACAGGGGUGGGACCACGUUGACAUACGACGACUUCAACGCCAAACUAAAGAGUCAUGAGCCUAAGCUGCUCAAGCUCUUUCCAUCGCUGAAGAAGUUGGCGGUGGUACCUGUCGUUGAAGACUUUCGCAAGGCCUACAAAAACGCCGAAGGCGAUGAGCCUUUCAAGAUCAAGACGGGUUACCAGGCCAUCACCAACCUCUACGACAAGUACACUCUGCGAUCUCCCGACGCCAUCAAGCUAUACGACCUAGGCAAUGCCCACGUAGUCUUCGAGAACGGCUUCAUCGAAUCUUUCAAAGACGCGUUCCUGUCCAGCAACUCCCAAGGCGCGCAAGUCGGCAUGCAGCAGCUCCAAGGCGGGAUGGAUCUCGUCCCCAAGGCGUUCAUCUCCCCUGAUCGCGGCGAGAACUCCCUCAUCGACAACAUCAUCUUCGGUGCCCGCGUCACUCACAUCACCGAUCCCAAGCCCUCUCCCAACCCCAAAAUCCCCAUGGCGCCCCAGAUCAAAAUCACAUACAAAACAACCGGCUCAAAGAAGCUCACGGUGGAGUCAGACUACCUCAUCCUCGCCAUCCCCAACACCGCCCUCUGUCACACGUCAACGAACCAACCACCGUGA